AAAAUAUUAUAAGGAACCAUUUCUUCAAAAUUCUCCUUCUACUAUAUAUUAUGUGGGAAAUAUAUAACAAAACCGGAUCGUUUUAAAGGUUUCGUGUUCAGUCCAUUUUACAUUAGUUGUUUUUAUUGUUAUUCUUAUCACUGACUCUACGAAAAUAUAUUCUGUGUCUUAUCAUAUAAACACGAAGACGGAAAUAAUUUUAAAAUUUGUUAGUAGCUUUAUAUUAAACAGCUUAAGUUCUUCUUCUUAUUGUUUUCAAACAGUAAAAUUUAUACAUCAAUACUUUUUUUUUGUUUAAAGAAAACUAAUAUAAUUUAAUGUUUAAAAAAGUGUAUUUAUUUUAUUUUGGCGCUGUUGGUUGUUAUAUUGCCUCUUAGUCUUAAUAAUGUCCGUUGAUUUUUAAUUUAAAUAAUAUUUAAAAUUAGUUUUAAACAUGCUUUUCAUUUAUAGUUUUUUUUUAUUGUUAACUAUUAUUUUUACUACAUCACAAAUAAUCAGUUCUAGAAGUAAACAGGGUGCAAUUAUUUCACAAGAUACAAUAUAUAAAUUGUGUCAUAUGGGUAUAGCACAAGAUUUUAAGCCUAUACUAGAUGAAUUAUUGAUUGAAAGAGUUGUUGGAACUAGUAAUCAUGAAUUUGUCAAGAUGUUUAUUUCUGAAGAAAUGAAAAGUUUAGGAUGGUCUGUAGAAUUGGAUUCAUUUAAAGCCAAAACUCCUAUUGGCAUUCGUAAUAUGACUAAUAUUAUUGCUACAUUAAAUCCUACAGCUGACCGAUAUAUAGUUGUUGCCUGCCAUUAUGAUUCUAAAAAAAUGGAUUUUUAUUUUGUUGGUGCCACUGAUUCUGCAGUACCUUGUGCAAUGAUGAUGUACAUGGCCAAAACUUUACAGCAACGACUUGAAGUAUAUAAAACUAAUCCUUUAAGUCUCAUGAUGAUGUUUUUUGAUGGUGAAGAAGCUUUUGUUGAAUGGAGUGAGGUUGAUUCACUCUAUGGAUCAAGACAUUUAGCCUCUAAAAUGGAAAAUAUUAAAUUUUUACAUAAUGGAAGACAGAUUAAUCAAUUGCAAAGAAUAGAAUUUUUAAUGCUUUUGGAUUUAUUGGGAACAAAAAAUCCUGCAUUUUAUAAUUAUUUCUUAGAAACAACUGAUUUAUAUCGAUCAAUGGUUACUGCUGAAAAAGUUUUGAACAAAACAAACUGUUUAGCUGAAUACAAUAAAGAGUAUUUCAUUCCAAAAACAGUAAAUACUAGAAUAGAAGAUGAUCAUAUGCCAUUUUAUGAAAAAGGUAUUGAAGUUCUACAUGUUAUUCCAAAUCCAUUUCCUAAAGUAUGGCAUAAAACAACUGAUAAUAAGGAUGCAUUACAUAUGCCAACUAUAAUGAAUUUAAUAAAAAUUUUUCAAGUUUUUCUUGUUGCAUACCUUGAAACACAGUAAACACUUAAAAUAUUUUAAAUGAUGACAGGGUUUAAGUAACAUUCCAGGUAUAACAUGUAGAUGAUCACAUAACUGUGAUUGUUUAAUAAUCUUUUUUUUUUUUUUCAAAUAUUUGUUACUAUAGUUAUAAUAAAUAUUCUAAUAUUUUUAGUUGAUAUAUCAACUAACAAUAUUAUUAGUCAUAUUUGAUGUAAUCUCUAUCUUUAAUUAACAUAACCAUCUUUAUAUUCUCAUGUGUUUUGUGUAAAGGGAUCCAGUAGCAAAUGUUAACUUAUGAGGAAAUUAAAAUAUAUUUAUCCCUUGAUGAAUAAUUCAUCAAAUUUAAAUAACAAUAUUACAGUAACUAAUCUAAUUAUGAGAAUAAAAGUUACAUUAUUAUAAGCCACAGAAAAUUUCCAAUAAAACUAAUAAUAACGAGAUGAUGAUAAAAUUAGAUUUAAUCACUUACAAGCACUAUUUAUUGUAAUUUUUCCUUUAUUGUUAGUUUUUAAAAAUCUUCUACUAGAUUUAUCUUCCUAUUUUUUUUUUAUAAGAACAUUAUAAAUUUUUUAUCAAAAAAUUUAAAUAUUUAUGAGACAAUUUUUAUUAUAAAACUUAAAAAUAGAAGAAUUCCAAUCUGCAGAAACGGAAUAAUUCUAUAAAUUUUAUCUCUAGUCUUUCUAAUUACACUUAA